AUGAGGUUAUCCAGUAAUCCAAAUACUGACAUAGUUGGUGCUCGAGAAUUUAGGGUUAAGUGUCACCUGAAGCUGAGGGAAAGGCAGCUGCAGGAAAACAGCAGUGUAUUGAUAUUGAACUGCUCUUUCUUUCCUUGGCCUUUAACCAUUACCCAUCUCUUUCUCUCCUUUGAUGCCUUCUGUGAUGCUUGGAUAUGCAGAGCAGCAAGGGCUUUUGGAGAAUAUCUUUCACAAAAUCAUCCUGAAAGUAGAAACGGCUCAGAUCACCUGUUAGCAGACUCCUACAUCGGACAGGAGGACUCCCCUGAGAUGCAGCAGGCAGCACAGAACAAGCGCAGGCUCUCCGUCAUCUCAGACGGCAAGUUUGAGAGGAGCUUCUCUGAGGAGCAGGCAGAGAAGAUGCCAAGCGAGGGGCCGAAGCCACGAGUCUACACGAUCUCUGGCGAGAGGCCAAUGCUGUCAGACCACGAGAACGAAAGUAUGGAACUGGUGGUGAUGAAGGGGGCUGCGCAAGAGGAAUGCCACCAUGGCCACCAAGUGCACGGUGCUGGUGGCUCUCACGGUGUCAACAGGCAUUGCAAGGGCUGGCCGGGCAGCCGGCAGGGCUCCAAGGAGUGCCCAAACUGCACCCGGCUGGCUGCCCCUUCCCAGCAUUCCUUUGACCUGGAGCAGCAUCAAUCCAGCGAGACUGGGUGGCACAGAAAAAGGCUGGAGAGGAUGUACAGUGUCGAUCGAGUGUCUGAUGAAGUCCCCAUACGAACCUGGUUCCCAAAAGAGAACCUCUUCAGUUUUCAAACUGCUACUACAACUAUGCAAGCCAUCUCGGCGUUCAGGGGCUACGCAGAGAGGAAGAGACGGAAACGAGAGAAUGAUUCUGCAGCUAUUAUACAGAGGAAUUUUCGGAAGCACCUCCGCAUGGUGGGGAGCCGAAGGGUUAAAGCACAAACAUUUGCCGAACGGCGUGAGAGGAGCUUCAGCAGGUCCUGGAGUGACCCGACUCCCAUCAAAGCUGAUUCCUUCCAUGACUCUCGAGAAAGCCAUGAUCUUCAGGAUUCCUGCGGCACUUUGGAUGGCGACUUUGACUUGAACUGGGAAGCAGAAAAAGAACUUGAAGCCGUGGCAUGUGACGGAGAAGACUUUAUUCCACCAAAAAUAAUGCUCAUUUCUUCCAAGGUACCCAAAGCAGAGUAUGUCCCGACAAUUAUCCGCAGGGACGAUCCCUCUAUCAUCCCCAUUCUCUAUGACCAUGAACAUGCCACCUUUGAUGACAUCCUAGAGGAGAUAGAGAAGAAGCUUAACAUUUAUCGGAAAGGCUGCAAAAUCUGGAAGAUGCUGAUAUUUUGCCAGGGAGGUCCUGGUCACUUAUACUUGUUAAAGAACAAAGUUGCCACUUUCGCCAAAGUGGAGAAGGAGGAAGAUAUGAUCCUCUUCUGGAAGAGGUUGAGCCGGCUGAUGAGUAAAGUCAAUCCCGAACCAAAUAUCAUUCACAUCAUGGGCUGCUAUGUUCUUGGAAACCCCAAUGGGGAGAAGCUAUUUCAGAAUCUGAAAAACUUAAUGAAUCCUUAUAGGGUUGCCUUUGAGUCUCCACUUGAACUAUCAGCUCAAGGUAAGCAAAUGAUUGAGACUUACUUUGACUUCCGCCUUUACCGCCUCUGGAAGACCCGCCAGCACUCUAAACUAUUGGAUUACGAUGACAUUUUAUGAGCUGGAGAAGACUUUGCAAGAGGAAGUUGAUCACCAGUGUCCAAGAAGUCAUGCUUAUUGCAGAGAGACUUUUUUAUUGGCACAGGGAGCCCUUCAAAGCCCUAUAGGAGGCAGCAGUGCUAAAGGGAGGGAAGAGGGAGCCCUCGGAAGUGUGUCGGGAGGAAAGUCUGCUGGGUCAAGAGAGACUGGAGGGAAAGGGUUUGGCACCUCGCUUGCCUCAGGUCAGAGCCGUGGUGUCUCAGGAGGAGCUGUGUGAAACGAGGACAGGAUGGAGUUCCUUGCAGAACUGAGCUGUUUUGGGUCAGAAUGGGCCAGAUUUGAUUCCAGGUCCUUUUAAAGACUUUUGAAGCUCAGGUUUUCUUACAAAAAAAAAAAAAUUAUCAGUUACCCAUGCACCUCAGUGAAGAAGUGACCAGAGCACAGAGGGAGGAGGGGUGUGUACUGAUGGGACCUUCUGUUCUGCGGAUCGUGGAGAGCAAGGACUGCUACACCUACUCCUGCAAGCUUAGAUCCAGAUGAUCCAGUUUCAAUGUGAAUAUAUACUGGAAUAUAGAAUUGAAAUCUAACCCUUUUUUUUUGUUUUAAUAGAAAAUAAGUGCAAUUUUUAUAGCGAGAGGAGUAAAAUCCCUCCCAAUAUUGAAUUAGUUAAAAAUUAACACACCAGUAACCAAUAGAUGAGGUAUUUUUGGUCUGCUUGAAAAUAUAUUCAAAAUGGUAAUAUAUCUUCUGUAGACAUAUUUAAUCACCAGCAAACAUGGUUUUAACAUAACUUAGCAGACCCUGCAUGUCUGCUGCAUUGAUUACUCCGGUUUGGUUGUUACUGUCAGAGUAGCUGUGUUGCACUAAUGGUACCUGCUCUCACGGAUGUAUAUUUCUCCUCCAAUUAGACACAACUUUGUUACUUUCUAUUUUGCUGCUUGCAAAACUAUGGGACUUUAGUUUUGCUGAAAUACUUUAGGUUAGAAAUAUGGUACCUGGCUGAGAAACCUCUGUCAGGUUCACUAUGAUAUAAAAUGAAUUAGAAAUUAAUAGCCAUGGUAAUUACUUGUUCAUGCCAGUGUUUUGCUAUGUGUCGAGAGACAAGUUCUCUUUCUCGUCUGCUGUGUGGAGCAACAUGGUUACACGGCCAUCAGAAACCCUCCAAGGAGACUGUUUGCUGAGGCAUUUGCUUCUGGAGGAAUACAGCACGGGUUUGUAGCAUGAGUUUGAAUCUUCCCUAUGUUCACUCGAUUGCCAGUUGUUUGUGCAUAAACCACCUUUUUUCCAAUGCUAAAAAGACCCGUUCAUUGGUCUGAGCUGCUCACAUCCCUUUCUGUGUAGGACAGAGUAAACCCAGAGCUUUGUCUGAGCAGCCAUGGUUUGAGAACCCAGAUUUGUACUUGAUAUUUGAGAAUAUAUUUUGGAAUAUGUUUACUUUUUGUUUGUUUAGGUCAGGGAUUGCUUUUUGUUUUGGGAAGGGUUUUUUUCAUCUACUCUCCUGUUCAGAGGAUAACUACUACUUACAGUCUGCAUAGGUCACUCUGGCAAUUCUGGGAGGUGAUACAAGUGAUUUCUUUUAUAAAUGGAGAAGUGACAGGAAGGAUUACCUUUGUUUCCUGAUUUCCUGGUAUCUAAAAUUAGUUGAUGUGCAGUGAAGGAAAAUAUAUGUACAAAUCUUCUUUUAACUACUUAAAAAAGAACUAGUUGUUCUGAUCUGUAGAGUACUCCUUCCCCCGUGACAUAUGUGGUUGUAGUUUUGGGGAGCGGGCCUCUGGCUAGAACUGCUGAACCCUGUACAUUUAUAGCAGUUUUAUAGCAAAACUUGUGAAGAAAUAAUGUACAUAUAGUAAGUAAGGAGAGAAAUAGGUGGAGAGAGAUGGUUUAAAGUCAUUGAAGACAACAUACUGAACCAAACAGGUGAGGGCUGCUGCCUCCCCCUCUGGUUCAGAGCUGUUGGGAAGCUGCUCUGCUGAGGUUUGGUGGCUACAUCUCAUCCUGGGCUGGACUCUUACCCUCUUGACUCAGUCAUGUUUUCUAGACUUGUAGUGAAGGGGAUAAUAGGUACCCAUCUGUAACUUCUGGGAGAAAAUGCCAGAUUAAAAAAAAAAAAAAAAAAGAUGCCAAUUCUCUAUUAUUUAGCAUGGUAGCUUCCACCAGCUGUGCUUGUGAGAGGUGGGAGUUGUAGGUGCACUGAAAGCACAAAGUCUUGUGUUACUUGGAGAAGGAAAUGGUAAUGACAAGAUUCAAACGCUGACACAAAACUCUCUCCUUUCUGACCCUUUUACCUCCUGUGGUUAUGCUCCUAACUGGAGACAGACAAACUGUUCUUUCUUUCUCUUUUCUAAAGUAAAAUCCCAAUUCAGUGAACUUGGUAGCAUGAAUGUAGCAUUGUGGAACUAUUGAAAAUCUUAUUUAACUCCGAAAGGGCCCAUUUAUGUAUCCAAUUCAGUGAUUUCUCUGUAGAACUAUUGUAUAUCUAUCCUCAUUAACCACUUGUAGAACUAGGGGUGCAAAGUAGAAAGGUAGAUUGUACAGUUGCAUAACUUCUGUAGGAAGAUGUAUGUUUGAAUGAACAUUAUGGACUGUUUUACUGGUGCAGUUGACUGUAGUAUAGUAUAAUGACAAACGAUGAAUGCAUUUCUCUCUUUUCCAAAGAUCUAUACUCCUCAUAGUUUGUGAUGGUUAUGACAUGAGCAUAUUAUUUCCUUUGUAGCGUUCAUUUGACUUUAUAAAGAGAUGAAAUACUCCUAAAGCUGUGAUUGGAAAGACAAUAGAGUUUUGAUGUUUAAAGUCCUUUGUGCAAAUAGCAUCAUUGAAGUUAACCAUUUCUGAAAGAGGAAAACAAAUUUCUUCCCCUUUUUAACUGGUUGAAUUUUUCAAGUGGCUGCUGGGAAAGGAAGGGAUCAGCAGAGGUUAGGAUGCAAAAAAACACCAAAAAUGUAAUUAUUUAAACUUUAGAGUUAAAAAUAGAGCCUGUAGCUUCGUCAGUUGGACUAGCCUGUAAAGGAUGACCUCUGGGUGGGCGCUGGGCGCCAGCGUGGAGCACGGUCAUGGCCAGCACAUCCCGAGCACCGGUUCCUCACCCCCCCAGCACCUCGGCAGCCUCUUCUCGGGGCACGUUGAGGCCAGGCCUGGGCACAGGGAUCUCUGCCUGGGGCAGCUGAGGCCACAGCACAAUUUGUCAUUCUACCUGUACCCGCUGCUUUCAGCUGCCUGCUCGAGGGCUGUGCCUGGCUGAAGCCCUGAAACCAGGGUGUUGCAGUGUGAGUCCAAGCGGGCUGGGUGGAGCUCACCUCUCCUCAGGGUAAUCGGAGCGAGCGGCUUAUGGUGGGGGUGAGCUGUCCCCACCUGCUCUGUUAGAGGAUCACAGCCCUGUCCCACUGCAGGGAACUGCUGCUGCAGCUCCUGUGUGGUCUGGAUUUGCUGGAGAAAUGGGGGCACUUGGUUAACCCCGGAGGGAAGCAGAUUAAACUGGAAUAGCUAAAUUGGGUGCCAACCCAAUUCCUGCUGCUUUGGUUAUGAGGCACUAUUGGAUGUGACCUCAAACCCUGUGCCUGGCCUGAUGAACAUCAGCAGAGAGCUCUGCUCGUUGCGUUAUGGCCUGGGCUGGGACUGUCACCUCCAGGAGAGAAGGGUGGGCAACACGUGCCUCAGCUGUCCAGUCUGCUGCCCCUCAGACUAACUCACGCCCUCAGAGCAGCUCCCAACCAUAUUCUCUGGUGCCUGUAGAGAAUACAAGCUCAGCUGUAGAGGCUUGGUGGGUGUCAUCUUCUUGGAUGUAUUGCUUGUCUUAUACAGGGAUUUCCAGAGAGGCUUUUCUCUCUUUUUUUUUCUCAUUUGGCUUGGAAGGAAAGGGAAGAAGAAAAUUCAGGUUACCUGAGGGACAUAGAAAUCAGUAGAAAAUUGAGAUGCAGUUUUUUGCACCCCUCCUCAUGCUGCAGCUGCCAACUUCCCUUUGCAGUUGCACUCCAGGCUGGGGGUGGGAAAUGAAUGAGUUAUCAGAUAAUCCCUUCCUUCAUUAAAAAAAAACAAAAAACCCCAGACAAAUCCUUGCAGCUGUAGCAAAACAUCUGACCAGCCAACUCAUCCUGCCCCAUGCGAGGACUCCGCUGUGUGCAUCUGUGGGAUCCCACCUGCUUUGGCCUCCAAGUGCCUCUGGGGCUGCCUGAGCCGUGGCCCAUGGCAGGGCUCUGCUCUGCCUCUGCGGAGAGGACUCUGGAAAUGAAUUUUCUUUGUUUCUCAGCCUGGACUUGUUGCCUGGCACUCAGCACAGGUUUCCUGCUCCAGGGGCUUCUGGAGUAUAUGUGUGUGUGUUUUCACGUCAUCUCUUCACACAUGGGGUCUUUCCUGUGGUCUGGGGGAGGCGCUCCCCCUCAGCUGCCCUCACUUGUUUUGCCACAUGUAAAGCAUGAGGCAGUGUUCUGGUUGUCGUCCACGCUGUGUGAGUGUCUCUGGCUCCUGGCACACAUCCAUUUCACAAAGAGCUGCUGUUGUUUCGGGACGUGACUAUGUUAGUGACCUGUGGCAGGGAGUUCCAGUUCCCAGGGCUCUGCUGGCAGAGUGACUGCAAACGCUGCUUCGUCACCUUCAGCCAACAGAAGUGGGGUUAGUUGAAAGAAUGGAAAAUGCUGAUUUUAAAUAGCCAGCCUGGCGGGAUCUGGAGAUGGGAGCAUGUCCUUAAUCCCAGAACAGACAGGAGGUGGAAUGACAGGCUUGCUCUGCUCUCUUGGUGUAAGUGUAAACAUUGAACCCAUCAAAACCCAGUUUAAAGGUCACACAUAUAUUAUUAAUGUAUUGGUGCAGAAUAAGGUAUGUUACUGUAUGA